AUGGUGACUAGACCGCCUGGUGAAAUAUUUGAGGGUCGUUCAGUGACUCUGACCUGCAGCUGUGAUGCAAACCCACCUGUAGUGAGCUACACCUGGUUUAAGAGAUCAGGAACAGAGGAUUCACAAAUAUGGACCAGGCAGAGUUACACCAUUGAACAUAUCAGCGUUGAAGACAGUUACAAAUACAAGUGCAGGGCAUCCAACCGGCUUGGAUCUGCAAUAUCAGAAUCCAUGCGACUUGAUAUUUUAUAUAGCCCAAAGAGGGUCAUGGUGACUAGACCGCCUGGUGAAAUAUUUGAGGGUCGUUCAGUGACUCUGACCUGCAGCUGUGAUGCAAACCCACCUGUAGUGAGCUACACCUGGUUUAAGAGAUCAGGAACAGAGGAUUCACAAAUAUGGACCGGGCAGAGUUACACCAUUGAACAUAUCAGCGUUGAAGACAGUUACAAAUACAAGUGCAGGGCAUCCAACCGGCUUGGAUCUGCAAUCUCAGAAUCCAUGCGACUUGAUAUUUUAUAUAGCCCAAAGAGGGUCAUGGUGACUAGACCGCCUGGUGAAAUAUUUGAGGGUCGUUCAGUGACUCUGACCUGCAGCUGUGAUGCAAACCCACCUGUAGUGAGCUACACCUGGUUUAAGAGAUCAGGAACAGAGGAUUCACAAAUAUGGACCGGGCAGAAUUACACCAUUGAACAUAUCAGCGUUGAAGACAGUUACAAAUACAAGUGCAGGGCAUCCAACCGGCUUGGAUCUGCAAUCUCAGAAUCCAUGCGACUUAAUAUUUUAUAUGGCCCAAAGAGGGUAGAGGUGUUCAGCAGACCAUCUGGUGGAAUACUUGAGGGUUGGUCAGUGACUCUGACCUGCAGCAGUGACGCAAACCCAUCUGUGGAGAGCUACACCUGGUUUAAGAGAUCAGGAACAGAGGAUUCACAAAUAUGGACCGGGCAGAGUUACACCAUUGAACAUAUCAGAGUUGAAGACAGUUACAAAUACAAGUGCAGGGCAUCCAACCGGCUUGGAUCUGCAAUCUCAGAAACCAUGCGACUUGAUAUUUUAUAUGGUCCAAAGAGGGUACAGGUGUCCAGCAAACCAUUUGGUGGAAUAAUGGAGGGUGGUUCAAUGACUCUGACCUGCAGCAGUGAAGCAAACCCAUCUGUGAAGAGCUACACUUGGUUUAAGAGAUCAGGAGAAGAGGACUUACAAAUAGGGACCGGGCAGAAUUACGUCAUUGAACAUAUCAGCAUUGAAGACAGUUACAAAUACAAGUGCAGGGCAUCCAACCAGCAUGGAUCUGCAUUCUCAGAGUACACACCACUUAAUAUUUUAUACUCCCCAAAGAAUACAUCAGUUAUUGUGACCCUGACAUGCAAGGCUCAUGCUAACCCACCUGUGAUGGACUAUACCUGGUAUAAAGAAGGUGAAGGUGAAAGUGAACCUGUGGCAUAUGGGCAGACCUACAGCAUCACCAGUAUCACUAAAGAGGACAUUGAACCAUUCUACUGCAAGACUAGAAACAGAAUUGGCCAUGACUAUGCACGUCCUGUGCCAGUCACAUGUAUCGGUAAAGGACAGGUUGCAGCUGCUGGCAUUGGUGGAUUCUGUGGAGGGCUCGCUACAGCUGUUCUCUUCACCAUUCUGUGGAUAAGGUGA